GGAAGUGGCGAAACUGGCUUCCCUAGAGCCUGCGGAAGGCUGUGGUGACGGCCCUGGCGGUGACGGCGGCGGCCCGGGUGGCGGCGUGGACGGCCGCGGGGCGGGCUGGGGCAUUACCGCGGGCCUCGAUCCCGAAAUGGCGCUGCUGGCCGAGCACCUGCUGAAGCCGCUGCCCGCGGACAAGCAGAUCGAGACCGGGCCCUUCCUCGAGGCGGUGUCCCACCUGCCGCCCUUCUUCGAUUGCCUUGGGUCCCCAGUGUUUACUCCCAUCAAGGCAGAUAUAAGUGGCAACAUCACGAAAAUCAAAGCUGUGUACGACACUAACCCAACCAAGUUCCGGACCCUGCAGAACAUCCUAGAAGUGGAGAAAGAAAUGUAUGGAGCAGAGUGGCCCAAAGUGGGAGCCACACUGGCACUGAUGUGGCUGAAAAGAGGCCUCCGCUUCAUCCAGGUCUUCCUCCAGAGCAUCUGUGACGGGGAGCGGGACGAGAACCACCCCAACCUCAUCCGCGUCAACGCCACUAAGGCCUACGAGAUGGCCCUCAAGAAGUACCACGGCUGGAUUGUGCAGAAGAUCUUCCAGGCAGCACUGUACGCAGCCCCCUAUAAGUCCGACUUCCUGAAAGCCCUCUCCAAGGGGCAGAACGUGACCGAGGAGGAGUGUCUGGAGAAGAUCCGCCUUUUCCUGGUUAACUACACGGCCACCAUUGACGUCAUCUAUGAGAUGUACACCAAGAUGAAUGCUGAGCUCAACUACAAGGUGUAGGCACGCCCAACUGCGGGCUCGCCCCGACAUAUGGCUACUUGCAGAAAGGCAAACCCGAUCACUGUGAAUCAAGCCGCUGGGCUGCCUUGGCCUGCAUCUCCCAGAGCUACCAGGGUCCUGCUGGGGUCUACAGGGGAUGGCCCCAUUUUUUUUUUAAAGUCAUCUUUUUCUGGUCUAUUCUAGUGGAGCAAUAAAUAACGAUCUUCCAAAUCUCUUCUGAAUUUCACAAACAGCAUAGACUGACUUUAUACCUUCAUUUCAGUGUGGUAAAAAUCGAUUAACGUUUCUAAUAAAUCAAGUCCUAGGGUUUUUUGGUUUUUUUCCAACAAAGAACAUGGCUCUGGGGAAAUGGCAUCGUCCGCCUCACUUUAAAAAUAAGCACAUGUCCUCCUGAGGAUCUUACUGAAAUGAUUUUUGGGGUAUUUCAACGACUAUGAAGAAUUUGAUUUGAAAUUAUGCAGGGCCCCUAUUGUGGGGUUUUUAAAAAGGCAAACUGGUGUGUGUGCUCCUGUGGUUUGCACAGCCCAACCACCAUCAUUAUAAACCCUGUUCUCUCUGUGUUUUGCCAGACAGUUUUUUUUUUUUUUUUAGUUGAAACCAACCAGCAAGCCUUUGAUGACCAAGAGGCGUUUCUUACAAAGCAGUGGCAUACAAACAAUUGUCCAUAGAUGACUGUAUUUGCAUUCUUCUGCAUAAUUCUUUUCUUCAGGGACAGCUUUUCCAACCUAAGAAACUGCCUACUAUGUGCAUUCUCUUGAGGAGGAGUGAUGAAACCUCCAUCUGCUCAGACCCAAGGAAAUGCCUCACUGCCUUAACUGUCCUUGGCAUUAAAAAGAGCUGUAUUUUUUAAAGUGUGGGGGCAAAAAGAGCAACCCCCCAAAGAAUUGAUGUGUAUUGAAAAAAAAAACCCAAUGAGGAAUAACUGGUGAUUUUUAUGCAAAAGCUAAAUAAUCCUUAAUAAAUAAAUCUCUAUUUUGGAAUCACA